UAGACGCACUCUACCGACGGGUGCUCAUUACCCAAUUUUUCACGCGGGGUUGGGGCGAACCUGCUCAUAUGAAACGGAUUUUUGCAUUUCGUCGUCAAUUAGCCGACCGUCAAAAGGCCGUUACUUUUGUCGAUCCUAAUCAUCCACUGACCAUCACCAAAAAGGAGUCCUUUAAGGAUCACCAUGUGAUCGAAGGUCACUUCCUCUCGCCGUGCGCUCAAUACUUGCCUGAGCUUCUGCCAGUUGAAAGCCACACCGCCUACUUUCAGAUGGUUUUACCCAAAGACAUGUCCCGUCAAACGCCCAUGGUAAUUCAAUAUGCGGGUACGGGCGAUCACUUCUUCUGGCGAAGACGCAAACUGAUGGCACUGCCCAUGGUAAGUGAGCGGGGUGUGGGCUCGAUUAUUUUGGAGAACGCCUUCUACGGUCUUCGUAAGCCCAAAGAUCAAUUGCGAUCCUCUUUACGGAAUGUGACAGAUUUGUUCGUCAUGGGAGCGGCAAAUAUAAUGGAAACACUUGUUUUGUUCCAUAUGUGCCAGCGGGAGAAUUUUUGGCCUGUGGUCACUCAUGGCAUCUCAAUGGGUGGUCACAUGGCGUCCUUAAGUGCCACGGUCAUCCCUCAAGCUGUGGGCGUGGUGCCUUGUUUGGCGUUAACCAGUGCCUCGCCCACUUUUACUCAAGGGGUGAUGGCCAGUGCCAUUCCUUGGCACGUGUUAGAAGAGCAAUACUCAACGCUCAGUAGUUACCGCGACGAAAUUGCUCGAAUCGUUAAGUCUGAAGAAAACGCUUUCCAAGCCGGAAUUGAGUUUGCUCAAACUAUGGAGGAUGAAUCCAUCUCAGGCACGCCAUUUUAUGUGGGCGGCCAACCUCGGGUCGAUAAAACUCAAGUCAGUUCCAAGAUUCAAAUGGCGGAGAUAUUUCGCAGUCUACAACUCCCGUUCAUGGGCCUGUUUAACCGGUCCAAAGCACUGUCCUCGGAUGAUAAGCUCAAACGCGAGGCCGUGCAAUUCAUGCGUGGCAUCAUGGACGAAUGCACCCAUUUGAAGAACUUUGACGUUCCCGUUGACCCUUCUUUGUGUGUGAGUGUUAGCGCUGAAUACGAUGCUUACCAACCUCAGGGUUCAAUCCGGGAUGUGCCCGAGAUUUGGCCUGGAGCCACCAGCAUGUUCGUGCCAGGAACCGGGCACGUGGGCUCGUAUCUCUUCAAGCAGAAAAUGUUCCGAGGAGUUAUUUACGAGGUCAUAGACAAAAUGAAACACAAGUAUGAUCCACCACAAACAAACAUUGGACCUCCUUGAAUGUGAUCGCAACCAGCCUUCUAGUCGUGCCUAUUAUGCCAAUAUUGCAGCAAACGUUCUAGACUCUGACAAAAAAUGUUGUUCGUAUGUCGAGCAGAAAUUCGAGAGGGUUGAAGUAACCGUUUUUCUUCCCAAAUCCUCAGUUCAGCUCUUUUGGACAUCCAAAUCGUUCAAACUUCUGCAAUUUCUGCUCCAAGUGAAAGCAUCAUGUUUUU